GUACAAAAUACUGCCAUUCCAGUGGGGGGGUAAAAGUGUAAAUAUUCUGGAAGUGAGUGAAUAAUGUUGUAAACAGUAACCUUAAAACAGGUUUCCUUAAUGUAACAAGGUUGAAUAUCCCGUUUUUUUCGUACCAAAUGAAACAAUUUUUCUCUUAUAAAUUCGGGAUUUGUUUAAAAACUGUAUAACAAUGCAGACAACCAGCAGGGAUUAACUGAGUCGUGUUACAGAGGAGCGUCUUAGGACAGCCCCUGACCGUCUCCACAAGUAAACAACGUGAUGUCAAGGCUUUCCACAAGCCGCAAAACCUCCAACAAAACUUUGUAAAAUAUCCUCAAAGGACCCCCCGGGUGGUCUCAAGUAAAAUCAAUUUCUAGUGGAAUAUUGUACAACUUGAUAAUUAAAAAAUAUUUUGUUCAGUGAAAAAAAGAACAUAAAAAAACAGCAAUGAGACGCUGACCGCCGCCGUUUCUUUGGCCUGUAUACUGCAAAUAAACAGCCACACUAAUGUCUCGUUACCAAUAAAGAAAAGAAGAGCGGGUUUAAAAGGGGGUACACUGAUGUGUAACACAGCAUCAGCACAAGUAAAGGAGAGAAAUGUGAGUAAGAAAGUCCGGGCUUCAGGUCUGCACGAUCCGCCACAUUGCGGCCAGGCGCAUGUCACCAUCUGCCAUGUUUCUCCACACUCCUGCCGCGGCACACGAUGCUCGAAGAAGCGCUUACAAAACCUCUCCACUGAGGCCGGGAGCCAGGCAGAUUUCCUCUCCGCAGCCCCUGCAAUCGAAGAAAAGAGCGAAUUCCCGGGUGUUAUGUGGAGUUUGGCCGCCUCCGAGGUCUGUCGGCUCCUACUUGCCGCACUUUGAAAAUAGCACGAUAGCCACCGUAACGUUAGCUGGUUAAGCUCCUGCUACUCCAGAGUUUACUAUCCGAAGAAAAGUCCAUAAAAUGGCUCCAGUAACUUCCUCCAAGUAGUCGUUUAUUAUAGGCGAUAGAUUUAGUAAAAGUUUCUGUCGUUGUAGCCGCUCAAAUAUCCAUUUCUUCUUUAUCUUUUGACUUGUUUUGUUUUGUUUUGUUUUGACUCGAGGCGAAGACUCCCUUCUGACGUCUGUUUACCACUGUCAGGCAACAUGUUCUGCGCCUGCGCGGAGAGGAUUUCUGGGAAACGGAGUCAUUCAUGUGACAGAAUCGGCGUAAACACCCAGUUGUAGGAGCAACACCUACCUGUAUUGGUUCAUUAUGUAACAGUUUAAGAAGUGUGCUAAGUCUCGUCACACUAAGGCCAUCUGAGGUAGCCUGCUGCUGAUUAUUACAGUGCUAAUGAGA